AUGGACGAUGCAUCUGCUUCGGCAAUAUGUAUCGACUCGGAGGAGGAGAACGACCCCCCGAAGCAGCCGAUGGCUACGCCCUUACAUGUCUUCUGUCGGCUGGUGAUCCCGGCCCGAGGUGCAUCAAAGAGUCGGGGACAGACCAAGGGCGUCACCGUAGGUGAUGUCUGGAUCUCCCAAAGAGCUCGGAAACGUGGAGCAGAUGGGUCUCCGCCUUCGAUGGAGCUCGAGUUCUCCUUGGUGGCUUCACAGGCCGCCGAGGUCAAAGCAGAAAAUAGAACGGCAAUAGUGCCAACCACCGUCAUUUCACAGAUGGCGGUUCGAUCUGAGGGGCGAAUGAUUGCAUUGAAACUGCACGAGCCAAUCGGCUAUGGCUUCUUUACCGAAGUGGCGCAGGGUAGGCUGCCCUCGGAGUUCACGUUGGUGCCGCACCGGAACGAGGUCCACAACGUGCUCGCAGCUCUGCGGUGGUGGAUGCCGCACGUCGUCGUUUCAGGCAAUGUGCCCAUGCAGCUUGGGGGCGAAGGCAUCGUCCUCCGUCUGGACGGCUUGACACUUACAGUUCGGGAUCUAAUGCUGCUGGAAGACGAGCAGUGUUUGAACGACUCAGUGCUAGACUUCUUUCUCCGCCUCGCCUUGGACGUCAUAGCACCUGACCAGACAAAAGGUGAGCUAUACUUAGCCAGCACCUUCUUCUUCCAGAAGUUGACCUCGGGUGGUGUUGAAAACGGCGAACAAGGAUGGAACAACGUCCGACGCUGGACGAGGUCGCUUCCCGGAGGCUUGCUAGGACAGAAGUAUGUGGUCCUGCCCAUCAAUGAGCUGAACAUUCACUGGUGGCUUGCCAUCAUUUGCAAUGCUCGGCAAGGCUUCGAUGACUCGGUGCAAGAAGAGUCCAUGGAUGAGAUGCCUCGGAUCGUUUGCUUGGAUUCGGCUGUCGAAGCACCACUUAAAGGCAGGACCGUAGCGUUCCUUCGAGGAUACUUGUGGAAAGAGUGGUGCGAGCGUCAUGGUGGUGCGGACAGCCUGGCCGAUGCUGCAGAGUGGUCUCGCAAGAUUGAAAAGGUCACCGGACGGCUGAAAGCCUUGGAGGCGGAUGUCCCAAAGCAGGCGAACAGCUUUGACUGCGGUAUCUUCUUGAUUGAGUACCUUAUCCACCUCCUGAAGUCCGAGAUGGCUUUGUCUGGUCUCGGCCUGGCCACACACAAGCACUGGUUUGCGCAACACUCCGUGUCCCACCGGCGAAAGCGGAUGAAGUGGUUGGCAAGCCUGCUCGUGCAUGAAGCGAAGCGCCGAUCUCAGCCAGAUGUCGGAAAGCUCAUGGAGGAAGACCAACGUCUUCGACAAGCCGUUGCUAAGGGGCUCACGGACCUCCCAAAGAAGGUUCCCAAGGCCAAGCGGCAUCCGAACUCGGAUGAGACCUCGCAACGACGCACUGUUCCACGUGUGUCCUCGUAG